GCCUCACAGCUUAAUUGGCCAAAUAUGCCAAAAAUUAUAUUUUCCCCCCAACAAAAUACUCCUUUCCUUCUUCUUAAUCAAAGUUCCAAAGACUAUCUUCAAUUAAGGAAAAGUUGAAGCUUCUCGUCUCAAAUCUCUGUAGAAUGUUGAAAUGAAUUUAUCAGCUUUGUCAUCCACAUGACUAUUACUCUCUCCAUCUCUAAGAGGAAAAGGCGAGCCAGUUACCCUUAAUUGCCUCACCAUAGGAGUUCUCGCAAAUCCAGGCAAAGUAGUUGACGUCAUUUCACUCUGAAUCAUCUCCAACAUCGCCUUCAAAACAGCAGCACUUAGUCGAAUUCCUCUGCUUAAUAGUUUUACACUUCCAUUAAUCGAAGUUCUCUACUUCUUUUUCGAAGUUCUCCACUUCAACUAAAGGUCUAUUUCAAUUGAAGUUCUUCGCUUCAAUCGAUACUGCUUUUACACCUCCCAGAUAUGCCGAAGACCAAACAGUUCUAGAACUUACAAAAGUCAGUUCAAUCAGCAUCUUCUUCACAAUCUACUGAUGCGACACCAGAUAUGACAUCAUUAUUGGUUCCUUCAUUCCCGACUACAUCACAUCCAACUCCUUCAUUUCAAGCAACAUCACUACCGUCUCCUUCAUUUCAAGCCACAAGACAGCAAACCACUUCAUUUCAGGCCACAACACAGCCAAGACAAGAAGCUCUUUCAUUUCAAUCCAUGGGGCAGACAACUCCUUGCAUUCAGCUGACUCCUUAUUUUCAUGUGACAUCACUACCAACUCCUUCAUUUCAACUCACAAGACAGCAAAUCGCUUUAUUUCAGGCCAGAACACUGCCAACUCCUUCAUUUCAGGCCAUGGGACAAACAAUUCAUUCAUUUCAGGCUGUAGGACAGACUACUCCUUCAUUUCAACCUCCAAUUAAUCCCACACCAGCACAAGCAACAUCCAAUAAGCGUGCUAAACGUGAGUCUUCACAUCAUUGGACUAUCGAUGGAAUAGAUUCACAUGGAAAUACCAAAAGGCUCAAAUUGAAGACUAGAGAAACAUUAAAUUUACCUCAAGUAGAACGUGUUGUGGUGGAGUUUGAUUGCUUGGAUCUGAUUGGCGAAGCACAAGGCCUUCUUGCAGGCGUCUGUGGCCUUUUAGCAACUGACUGUACCAUAUUUCCAAUUGGCUUUGAUAAAUGACCGGAUAUGCCUAAGUCAUACUUUAACGACUGCUUUAAUAGCAUUAUAAAGUCUCAUUUCUAUUUUAUGACCAUUGAGGAAGUUGUACGAGGAUAUGUUUAUCGCUCUAUUUCAAAGAAGUGUGCUUCAAGUAGGCAGAAUUUGUAGGAUGAGUUUAAAGACCCACUUAAAUCCAAAGAUGAGAUUAUGGAUAAUGUUCCGACGGCUGAGACGGGAAAUAAGCCUGGACGAGCACAACUUUAUCUUGCUACACAUAAGAAAAAAGAUGGAUCAUAUGUAAAUGAGGAGGCAAAAGAAAUAUAUGUGCUAGGCAAAGAGCAUCCCGGAAGGGUGAGAUAUUUGGGAUUAGAAUCUACUCCAAGCAAUACUUUCAAAGAGACAAAUCUUCGUCUUGGUAAUAUUAGAAUAUCGAGUAAUAAUGUUGGAUGUUCUUCUUCUGGAUGCCAAGAGAGGUACAAUCAAUUGAUGAAUACUCUCAAAGCAUACAUGAUAAUGAAGGAAGGGUCAAUACCAGAACAAUUUUCUGGGAACUUUGCUUCUCCUCCUACAACGCCAAGCGAUGAAGCUAGCGGUCCCAUUUCACCGACGGAUGCAAGAAGAUCUCAUGGCGCUAGUAAUCCCAAUGACAACCAUUGAGAUUCAUUUUAAUUGAAGUGGAUGUAUUAUGACAAUAUAAUAGCUGACUAAUAUAGACGGUUAACUAUGUUCUAAUUUAGCUUGAUGACAUAUGAUACUACUCUGUCAUGGUAUUUUUCACGAUUAAUGAAAUGUUGAUAUUUUUUAAUUUUAAUA